AUGAUGGUGGUGGUGGAUAAUGGUGAUAAUAAUUUGGUGAUCAUGAUGGAUGAUUAUAAUAUUUUCAUGAUGAUAAUUUGGUGAUGAUGAUAAUGAUGAUGACGAUGAUGGUGAAUGCUGAUGAUGAUGAUGGAUGAUGGUGGUGGUGGAUAAUGGUGAUAAUAAUUUGGUGAUCAUGAUGGAUGAUUAUAAUAAUUUCAUGAUGAUAAUUUGGUGAUGAUGAUGAUGAUAAUGAUGAUGAUGAUGAUGAUGAUGAUGAUGGUGGUGGUGGAUAAUGGUGAUAAUAAUUUGGUGAUAAUGAUGGAUGAUUAUAAUAAUUCCAUGAUGAUAAUUUGGUGAUGAUGAUAAUGAUGAUGACGAUGAUGGUGAAUGCUGAUGAUGAUGGAUGAUGAUGAAUGAUGGUGGUGGUGGAUAAUGGUGAUAAUAAUUUGGUGAUAAUGAUGGAUGAUUAUAAUAUUUUCAUGAUGAUAAUUUGAUGAUGAUGAUAAUGAUGAUGACGAUGAUGGUGAAUGCUGAUGAUGAUGAUGAUGGAUGAUGGUGGUGGUGGAUAAUGGUGAUAAUAAUUUGGUGAUCAUGAUGGAUGAUUAUAAUAAUUUCAUGAUGAUAAUUUGGUGAUGAUGAUGAUGAUAAUGAUGAUGAUGAUGAUGAUGAUGAUGAUGAUGAUGAUGGUGGUGGUGGAUAAUGGUGAUAAUAAUUUGGUGAUAAUGAUGGAUGAUUAUAAUAUUUUCAUGAUGAUAAUUUGGUGAUGAUGAUAAUGAUGAUGACGAUGAUGGUGAAUGCUGAUGAUGAUGAUGAUGAUGAUGAUGGUGGUGGUGGAUAAUGGUGAUAAUAAUUUGGUGAUCAUGAUGGAUGAUUAUAAUAAUUUCAUGAUGAUAAUUUGGUGAUGAUGAUGGAUGAAUAUGAUGUAAUAAUGAUGAUGAUGAUGAUGAUGAUGAUGAUGGUGGUGGAAAUGAUAUUGGUGGGUAAUGAUAAUGAUGAUGAUUUGAUGAUGAACAAAUUCUAUUUCUCCCUUAGAUCAUGCCCCGUGCUCCUAAAUGGAAAGAGGACGACGUCGCUGCGGCGUUACGUAGAGUACGUUACGGGGAACUUUCGAUAAGAAAGGCUUCGCAGGAAUAUGGAAUUCCGUACGAAACCCUGCGGGACAAAGUGUCAGGGAGAAAUCCGACAUCAGUUAAAAGAUUCGGUCCACGGCCAUUCCUGACGGAGAAAGAGGAGGAGGAGAUAGUCCGAUGGACAAUCAAGAUGGGGAGAAUCGGUUUUGGACAAACCAGGGGAGACAUUCAGUCCGUCGUGAAGAAAAUGCUUGACAAAGAUGGUAGGGCAAACCCCUUUGUAGACAACAAGCCUGGGAAGCGUUGGUGGAGCAGUUUCCGUGCAAGGCACCCUCAGUUAGUUUUCAGGAAGCCGCAACCAAUUGGAAAAGAGCGAACAGCAGUGACAAAGAAUCGAAUAGACAAAUGGUUCAAAGAAUUAGAAGAUUACUUAGGAGAAAACAAUGCAAGAAGCAUUCUUGAAGAGCCAAAUCGACUCUUCAAUGCCGAUGAGUCAGGAUUCCCGCUUGGUGGAAGAGCUUCUGAUCGGGUAUUGUCAUUAAAAGGCGAGAGAGUCAUCCAACAAUUUAAGAAUGCUGAAAAGGGACAGGUAACUGUGCUUGUCACUGCAUGCGCGAGUGGUAGCUUUUUGCCACCAAUGAUUGUUUUACCGGGGCGACACGGUGACGGUUCUGCAUACCAAGGAGCGCCAAGGGGUGCUUUCUUUGCUAGGACCAAAAACGGCUGGAUGGAUAGCAAAGCCUUUUAUGGUUUCAUUGCUAAUCUUUUCCAGCCGUAUUUGGUCCAGAUGAAAGUACCCCUUCCAGUGCUCCUGCUCGUCGAUGGCCUUUCGGCACAUCAAACGCUGGAGGUAGCGAAGCAUUGUGAGGCGAAUCGGAUUCUUUUGUACCGAUUCCCUCCCAAUGCUACGCACAUCCUCCAGCCGUGCGAUGUGUCUGUGUUCAGAUCAUUAAAGGCAUCGUGGAAUCGAGCAGAGGAGCAGUUCCGUUACCAAAACCCCGGUGAUUAUGUCACAAGAGUGACGUUUUCGCGCGUGUUCGCCGGCGCGUGGAAGGAGCUUCUGGGGAAGCCAGAAAUUGCAUCUUCUGGUUUUCGGGCAGCAGGGAUCUACCCGUUUACGAAAUUGUUUCGUGAAGAGCUACUACGUCCAGCAGACUUGUACAGUUUCAUAGAUAAGAAUCCUCAAGAAGGAGAGACACCAUCAUCUAGGAAUAGUGCUUUUAUUCCGGUAGACGAUGACAUGAGGUCAUCUCAACCCGAUGAACCUGAUGAUGAUGCACCAUCUUCGUCAUCAGCUCAUCGGGAACAUGGAGUCAGCUGCAUCGUGGAUACUUCGAGUAUCAAUGGUGAUGCUCCAUGUGGAGAGAGGCCUCUAAACGAGGCAUUCAUCUCGCCGUCGCUAGAUGAAUGCCUCGUUUAUCCCGAGAUUGAAGUCUCAAAUCAAAGGAGAAGGAAAAGGCAACUGCCUGAGGCAAUAAGUGGAGAGACGUUUAUAAGAUUCGCCGAGGAACGAGCGAGAGAGAAAAGAGCGGAGGAGGAGAGGAAAAAACAGAGAAGAGAGGAACGGGAACAGAAUAGAGUGGAAAAAGAGAGAAGGAAGGAAGUUGAAAAGGAGAAGAGGCGAAAACGACAACAAGAACUUGAGCAGAGGAAACUAGAACGGGAGAGGAGAGUAAGAGAGAAGUUACAGCGGAUGAAAGAAGUGAUUGAGAGGAAAGCGAGAGAGAAGAAAGAAAGAGAGGCAGAGAGAGAGAAAAAAAAGGGCGGUAAGAGGAGAGAGAAGAGUGUGAGGGUGGAUGAUGAUGACGAUGAUGUGUAUGUAUGCCCUGAAUGUUUGAUGAUGAAUGAUGAUGAGUGGAUUGGAUGUGAUUACUGUAUGGCGUGGGUACAUCACAAGUGCUCUGCUCUUUGUGAUGUACCAAUUGUAGAUGUAAAUAAGUAUAUGUUUAAGUGUAAUUUCUGUUAAAAUUGAAUAAGUAUGAGUUAUGUUAUGUCAAAAAGUGCAAUUUCUCUUACAUGAGCAAGUCUGAUGGUGACUAUACUCUGAAUAUAUAAUAUAACCUCUGCAAUCUAAUGUAGUGUAAAAUGUAAACUAUUCUAUAGUUAUAUCUCUACACCAUUCUCUAAUCUAGACUCCAAUCUCUAUAUCUGCAAUCUAUUCUGUAACCAUGCAAUCUAUAUUAUUAAUUGGUUUCAGAAGUUCUCUAACCCCUUUAAUAAUUGUUCUGGUCAAGACUUUACAGCCAAACAGGUUUUUGUCAACCUUGAAUGCUUGACCAAAAUAUAAUUAUUCUGAAUUGGAGGGAGUUGACCUUUUAGGGAGAAGAUGAAAUAUAGUAAAUAAGAAACCGGUUUAUGUGCGUGCGUCAAAAGUUUAGCUGGAAGAAGAAUGAGUAAUACUUUCUUAAGAAAGAUGGAAUUGAUAGACAUAUAGUUUCCUGUUAUACUUCUUGUAGAAGAUUUGAUUAAGUAUUGAUUAUGUAUUGAUAUGUUAUUAAAUAUGUAUUGAUUUGUUUUUUAAUAUAUUGAAUAUGUGAGAUAUCAUCACAUAACAAUAUAUUCAUCCGUCAUGAACUUGUUUCUGCUAUAACAUGUAGAUUCCUGCUGCUCGGUUGGCAUAGCGCAGUUACCUGUCCCCUUUCUCUUUUGUUUUUUUUUCCCCGAAAUGUAUUAAAGGGGAGUAUCUGCUUUAACAUGUUGUUCUUUCUAGCAAGAAUAAAUUAUUAAAAGGCUUCUACAUCAAUGCCAAUAUUUGUUAACAUUUACAUUUUAUGUAUAACUGUUAAAUGUGAUU